AUGCCACCACUCAAUAAUAGUAAUAAAACUGGUGUUACAACAAGCAGAGGCAGAAAAAAAGUAGUAGCAACAAACAAUAAUAUUGAUAAUAAAGAGAAUGAAUAUAACGACGAAAAUAGCGAUGCCAAUAUAAUAAAAACAGUUUUAAAACCCACCACAAGAAAGGUAACCACUGCAACUAGAAAACCAGCAGCGACUAAAAGAAAAACUGCACCAAUCGUCCCACCACCAAAUACAGACAUUCUCGAAGUUGACAGUAACAGUUUACAUAAUAAAAUUAAAAUUAUAUUUGAAGAUAAUUUAAAUGAAAAGUCAUCAAUAAAAGAAUCACUUAACGAAUUAAAUAAAUUAUAUAAAUCAAUAGACAGUAAUGAAGAGCUUGAAUCGAUAGUAUUUAGAAUAAUAGAUUUGGUAUUACUUGACAGCAAUAAUAUGAAAUUUUUAAAUUUAUUAAUACCAUUUAUAACAAAUCAAUUAGUAAAUAAUAAUAAUAAUAAUAAUAAUCAAAUUUUUUUUAAUAAUAUAACUAAUCAUUUAAUAGAAAGAUCAAAUAGUAAAAAUAUUCCAAUAAGAAUUAAAACCAUUCAUUUAAUCCAACUUAUAAUUUCAAACUUUAAAGAAAUUCACCAACCAAUUAAAGAAACAAUAAUUAUAAAUUUAAUUAAUUGCCUUUUAAAUAAAAGCAAUGAUUUAAACUAUAAAGUCAGAUUACAAUCAAUUUAUUCAAUUUCAGCAAUUCAAAACUAUUUAAACAAUAUCUUUUUGAACAACAAUAACAUUAAAAGCAAUAAUAUUAUUGAACUUAAUUGUUUAGUUAAUUCAAGAUUAGUAGAAAUGCUUAAAUCCGAUAAAUCAAUUGAAAUUAAAACAUUGGUUUUAAAAACUAUAAAAUCAAUAGAUAAAGAAUCAACUUUGGUUAUUUUAGAAUCAACAUUAGAAAGUUGCUUACCAGUAAGAAGAGAAUCAUUUUCAACCAUUUCAAGAGUAAUUAAUUUUGAUGAUAUUUCAGCUGAAAAAAGAAUUGAUUUAUUAUACAAUGGUUUACAAGAUAUAGAUAAAUUAGUUAAAGAAUCGUGUUCUAAAAUGCUUAUUGAAAAUUGGUUAGAAAUCUCUUCAUCAAAUAACAUUUUAAUUUUUUUAAAAAAUUUAAAUGUUUGUUUAGAAAAUGAAAAAAAAAUAGAAUUAAUUUUAUUUGAAAUUUUCUCAAAGGGUAGAUUUGAUAUCGACAAAUGUACAAAUUAUAAAUUAGUUAAUUUAAGUAAAGAGGAGUCGAUCCAUCUUCGAUGCUUGGUUCAAUUUUUAAAAAAACAAAAGAAAAAUCGUAAUGACAGCAGCGGUGGUGAUGACGAUCAAGAUAUAUUCGAAUCAAUUUUAUCAAGUACAAUUACAGAAUUUACUUCAAUUUUAUUACAUUAUCUUUCAAUUGAUGAAAAAAGAAAAAUUGGUUAUACUUAUGAAGAGAUUUUAAAUGAAAUGACAGAAAUUAAAGUUGGAAAUGGUGGUAAUGAUAGCAACAAUAGUGAUAAUGAAAAUGAAGAAAAAGAAGAUGCCAAUUAUUAUAAUGAUGAAGAUUUAACAUUCAUCCAAACUCAAUUAAUUUCACUUUCCCAUUAUUUAGAUUUUUCAGACGAAGCAGGUAGAUUAUUUUUAUCAGAUAUCACUCAGAAAUUAUUAUUAUCAACAUUUUUAAAUGAUAUUCACUUAACACCAUUGAUGGAAUUAUUAUUCAUAUUACACUCAAAUGACCAUAGAAAGUAUCUAAGUAUCGUUAGAACAAGUUUAGAAAAAGUUUUAGAAACCAGACCUGACGUUUCGAGCAUUUAUGAAAUCGAAAAUGAAAUCACUCAAGUCAAAAACGAAGUUGAUUACUAUACAAAGAAAAGAAAGUUCUUCAAAGAUAAAUUGAAAAAUUCAAAUAAUCCCCAUUUUGACGAAAAAUGUAAUCAAAAGCUAUUACAAUAUAAACAAAAUUUGGUCCAAAGUGUUUCAAAAUAUAAUGAAAUAAUUGAAGAAUAUAAUUCAUUAAUUCUUUUUGAAGAAAAGUUUUGGAUCAAGUUAUCUUUUAUUUUAAAUAAUUUUAUAAAAAAAAUUAAUGGAUCUUUAAACAGUGAAAUUUAUUCAAUGACCAGUCCAUAUUUCAAAUUAAUUACCGAAAAUUGUGUAAACGAUAUUGAAAAUCCAUUAAUUAUCAAGAUAUCAAUAGAGAACAUUAUUUUACAAUCUCUCUUGACCAGAUCAGAUUUAUUGGGAAACUGUAAAAUUUUAUUAAAUGUUUUAAACAAUGACAGUGAUGGAAAUAACGAUCAAGAUGACCAAGAAAAACUAAAUAUCUAUCUACUCUCUAUUCAAGGUUUGUUUGAUAUUUUAUUAUGGUAUGGAAGUAACUUAAAUAAAAAAAAAGAAGAAGAAGAAGGGGAAGAGGAGGAAAAUGAAGAGGAUAAUUUAAAUGAUGAAGAAAUCAUAUCAUUUAAAUUUGUUUUCAAUCAACUUUUACAUCUUUUAAAGAGCUUAGAGAAUGAUAGCGUUGAAUUUUUUGGUAAAUUUGAAAUAGAAUUGAAAUUAAUCGAAGGUUUUUCAAAACUACUAUAUAAUCAAGUUUAUUUUGAAUCAGUUACAGAUUUAUAUAAUAAUAGUAAUGGAAUCAAUAGCAAACAGUUUUCGAUCGAAAAAUAUAAAUCAAUAUUUUCAGUUUUAGUUGGUAUUUACUUUAAUCCUCUUCAUAAAGAAAAACCUAUUCAGUUAUUUUUAGUUUCUUUUUUCAGUUUAUUAGUUAAAUUACCAAAUCCAAGCAAUAAAGAAAGAGAAAGAGAAAGAGACUAUGCUUUUAUUCUAGAGCUUUUUGAAGAGUCAUUCAUAUCCUCAUUACAAAUACUCUUAAAGAAUUCUGGUGUAGCAUCGACCCCAAAUUUAGUUAAAUUUUACCAAUAUUUUAUUCAAAAUAUAUUAAACAAUCAAUUAAAAUUAACAAACAAUGAAAAUACAGAAGACAAGGAACAACAUCAAAUAGACAAUAAUCAAAUGGAAUUAAAAAUCAAUGAAAUCUAUUAUACAUUACUAUUUAAUCUUUCAUUAGAAAUCAUUUCAGAUCCAGUUUCAAAUAAAUAUCACUGUAAAUUAUUUUCACUUUUUCAAUUAAAUCAAUCAUUAGUUUCAGAAGAAUUGGUUCAAAGAUUAUUAUUCCUUUCAGAGAAAAUGCAAAAAGAGAUCACUGUAAAAACAUAUAAUAAUCAACUUAUCAAAUAUCACAAAUAUUUAAAAUCAUUAGUUUCCAAUGAUAACGAAAGUACCUCAUCUCUUAAUCAAGAUGAUAAAAUCAAACUACUAGAAACUUUGAUUCAAUAUAAAAAGAAUAUUCACGUUCCAUUAAAUACUCUAUCAAGACGAAACUCUACCAGAAAAUCAUCAUUAAAGAAACCAAAGGUAUCGGAUAUAGAGGAUGAAAGUAGCGAAAGUGAAAUCGAAAAUGAAAGUGAAAGCGAAAUUAGUCAAAUUGCAAGUGAUAAUGAAAAUGAAGAAUAUGAAAACAAUGAUACUGAGAAUGUUUUAGAUAUUAGCACUUUAUCAAUUUCAAAAGAAAAAACAUCAAAUUUAAAAUCAAAUAAAAAGAACUCUAAAAUAUUUGAUUCAGAAUCUGAAGAGAUAUCCGAGGAUGAAUCAAAUCUAUCAUCACAGUCUAGUACCUCUGAAUCAGAAUCAUCACAAGAGUCGUCUGAUUAA